AAACAAUCUAUCUCGAAAGGCUCGGGAAUCUGGUAGUCCGUCACUUCUCUUACUGAUAGCCAUGCGCCGGUCUUAGUCUUUUUUUGUGAACAAGGACCAGCUUCUAUACGCAGAUGGACCGUUAAUUCGAAUUCAUUCUGCACAAUUAACGUAGGUAAGUUCGCUUUUUUUUGUGUUCAAUUUUCCAGAUUUCCUUUUAGUAGAAAUCAAUGGCGUCCAUUUUUCUUCCUUCUACCCCCAAACAGGCGUCCGCGCCGGCGCCGACUCCUAGCUCCGAAUCCCGGACACCAGGAAAGUGGCGGCACCCGCAUCUCGAUGAGAUUGUUCGAAGACAAAAUGCGGGGAAUUUUGGAGAUCGCAAUGUGAAGCGACUCAUCUGGAAUACUUCUGCUCUCCUAGCCACUUGGGCUUUUGGCGGUACUUUUAAAUCCUACUCGCGUUGGAUUCAAGCAGUCACCCAAUUCCCUGCGUAUCCCGACUUCUUGCUGCUCCUUCUACAGCUAGUUCUUAUCUUCAAUAUUCUCGUUGCGUUAUACCCACUCUUCCGACCGAAAGAUGACAUUGUCGACAUUCCUCUCACCCCGACGCAACGUGCCUUGCUGGGACUCAAUCCAUCGGCGACGGCCCCUCCAACCCCAGGCAGCUCGUAUAUUACCCCCCCAAAAUAUCGCCUCUCUGGAUCGAGGGCUGGAAGCCCAGCAAGUAUCUCUGGAUCACCGCUCUCAGCGAGCGCCAGCGCCUCAGGUCGCCGGUUCUCAUCCGGCACACUUUUUUCACCUUCGCCAAGCCCUUUAUUACACAAGAUGGUCGCCAACGGAGGCCGCGACAACGGCCGCAGGCAGAGCUUUGGAUCGUCUUCUCCUCUGGGUCGAAGCUCGCCUUUCAAAGAGUCAACCAUGCCUGCCAGUCCUUCACCUGUGGGAGGAAAACGGGCGAGUAUCGGACUGAGCAACAAGUGGCUAUAUGAGCGAAGCAGACGGCUCUCAGCCAGCAAUGGUAGUCUUUAACUUAUCUUUCGUUGGAGUUUGGUUGCAAUUUUAGAUGCAAGGCGAUGUAAAUCUUACCUAGUCUUUGCACGAAGGUGUUUCGGAUUUGGGUUUUUUUAGUGUAAUGUAUGGAGCAUAGAGCGUUAUGUUAUGUCCUUUUGCCUGCGCUCUCAGAUACUUUAGAAAAAAAAAUAAAAG